AUUUGGACGAUGGAUGAUGGUGAACAUUGGAUGCUUUUAGCAGAGAAAGUCCUGAGAUAUCACUGGGCACCAAAUCAAAGGGGUGGAAAGUCAGAGUUACUCUUGGAGGUUGCAACAGAUUAUGAUUCAGUGUUAAAGCACGCUUUCUUGCCUUGUACAAAUACAAAAGAAUGUGUAAAAGAUUUUGAUAAAAAUCUGGGUACAUUUGCAGCUCAUUCCUUAAAGGUGGAGGGGAAAUACGUGUUUGUGGAGGUAAGAGGACCUGCUUGUGGAAAGAUACAACUAACAGACCCUUGUGUUACUGUCAGAACUGAGACCCUCAGAAUUAUCUCUUGGUUUG